ACGACGAUCACACUCAUUUUAGUGAUGCCGUCGCGUGUAGAACGGUUCGGUUAGAUGAUUUAAGCAAAUUUGCAUCAAAAGAAAGAAUAAAAACCGAAUAAAUGCAAAAUUAAAUUAAAGCGAAAGCUUAAUGAAAUAAAUUAAAAGUAGAAGUUGAGUGCUUAAUUUAUAAGUUUAAGUAUAUUAAGAAAAAAUAUUUAAGGAUUUAAGAAGAAAUUGCUUAUAAUAUAAAAAAUAGAAAAAUUUGACGUAUGUAUUUUUGUUUUGAUAUGAGCUCAAGUAAAAGUAUUGGAAAAGCACGUUUUGCCGUGCGUCUCAAAAUAAGAGAAAGGAAAUAAUUCCAAGUAAAUAAGAAAAUAGCAAAAGUCAAUAAGCAAAAAAUCAAAUCAGAACGUAUGUGUGUGACAAAUAAAAAUUAACCAAACAAAAGAAUAUUGCUUAAAUUAUAAAGAAAUGUAGAAAUGUGUGAUUGGUGAAAACAGAAGAAUAAAAAUUAAAACAAAAUAAGUGUAAAACAUUGAGAUUGGUGAAAUAAGAUAUAAAAAUUCUAUGUUUUGAAAUGUCUGCUGACAUCCAAAUUGUGCACGUCAUUGGCGCCAAUGGGCAGCCGUUGCCCAUACAGGGCAACAGUCUGGGUUCAAAUUGGAAUACCACUGUUAAAAAGGAACGCGCCGAUGAAGCCGAAAUACAAGAACUAGCAAGCCAAAUGUUGGAGAAACAAAGGGAAACACAAGCUAAACAGCAACAGGCGGCACAAUUAGCCGCUAGCCGUGGCUUGCCAACUAAUGGUAUCGUAGGCCCCAUGGCAAACGCUAAUGGCCAAACCAGUAUUAUGAAUUAUUUGUCCCGCCAGUCAAAGCUGCCUAACGGUACGGCGGCCAUUAAUACGAAUGGACGGUCGACUGUUGCGCAAAGUAAUGGUAAUGUCGACAAUGCUGCGGAAAAAAAACCGCCUUGUGAUGAAGAAUCUCAGAAGGGUCAUUUCGGUUGGUUUACAUUCUCGAAAGUACACAUUCCAUAUAUAUUUCGGCAACAGGAAAAAUAUUGUUCAGUACGCAUGAUUGAAUUGAAAUUGCUUGGGAAAUAUUUAAACUCCCUACAUCCAGAUAUAUAUUCCAGUUGUACUUGCGUUCGAAGCUACUACAUCACAGACGCAGAGGCAAGAUUAUUUAUAGAAAUUAAUCAUAAGCAUUGUGAUGGAGAAUUUGGGCGAGACUUGUUUACAACAAAGGAUCUAGUUGUACGUUUAUCUGAUGCCACAAAAUUCCAUCACUUCCUCGAUGUUUGUUAUCGAAAACUUGUGUCGGGAAGUAAAGCACCUUCAGAGAAAUGCGGUUUUAUACGUAUAAACAAAGAAUCUGUUGUGCCGUACACACUGCGUAAUGGCGAACAAGUGGUUCCCUUGUUUUACUUCGAAGGUGAAACUGAAAAUCUUAAACAGAAGGCUGACUAUUUAUCUGGUUGGGAUUUGGCUUACCUAAAAUUCUGCUGCAAAGUGCAAGGCAUACGUAAUGAAUUAUUUUCUAGCGAGAAUGUAGCUGUUAUAUCGUUAACAGAUAUCAAAAGUUACUUUCCCAAUGGUACCGAAUUCGAAGACUACUGGCCAAGUAAAGUAGUUGACUCUAAUUUAUUAAUUGGCAACCGUUCCAAUGCAAUAAAUUCAGUAAAUUGGACUCGCCAACCCACACAACCACCACCAAAGCCAAUGAAUCAACCAAAUAUGUCACAAAAGUCAUCACAUGCAGCUGCCGCUGCAGCUGCACAACAACAACAGCAAACGCUGCUUAAACGCAAUGCAGGCGGUGGUGCAAAUAGUUUUGCAGCGCAAAAUGCAGCAGCGGUAGCCGCCCUACAGCAGCAGCAACAGCAGCCCAAUCAGCGUAUGCAUGCAAAUGCCGCAUUAACACAAGCAACAGUACAGGCAUUAACUAACGGUUUAUCGAAUGGAUCAUGGAUGCCACAACAAAAUAACCUGCCAUUAAUUCACGCUCAAAUGUUAGCUUCACAGGCACAACAAUCGCAUGCAAAUUCUCGUGGACAGUAUCGGAAUCCAAUGGAUAAUCUUGCAUUGCUCGGCAAUCGCCCGCCAUAUUCAUACAAUAAUGCUGCUGUUUCAAUGCAACCCGUAAAUAAUCAUGCACAGGGCAACCCUCCACCCCCUUUGGUACGGUCGGCUGCUGGGCAAAAUCCUAAUCAUAUGUACGUAGAUGUAAUUUCUAUUGUAAAUUUGAAUUUAAAUUGUUUUUUUUUUUAAACUAUUCGAAAUAU